CUUAUUACCAGAUCUCCCAAACUGGCCCAACCUCCUUGCAGACUAGCUUUUUAGGAGAGGGGAGAGGAUUGGGAGGGGAAGAUUUUGCCCUUCUGUCUCCCUAUCAUGUCUCUGGUGACAAUGUUGCUGAGCAAUUAGUUUAACAAGUGUGUGAGGGUGGGGGUGGCUCUCAUCCCAGUGUCCCUGGCUUUGAUUCCAAGCCUGAUCCAAUGGGAGCUAAGAAGGGGAGCAAUGAGAUGGUGGUGGAGAGAGACAUAGUCUCUGAAUUUCACAGAACGAUCACAAGACCCCAGCCUUUAACUCUAAGGCCUCCAAAACCAGACAUCUCUACUCCUUUCCCCCAGACUCCCAGGUCUCUGGGCCCUGUUGCAGAUGUCCUGGGCCAUGUCACAGAACCUAUACCCCUGCCAAUUAUUCUUGGGAGGGGCUCCAAUGUUGAGUAAUCCUGGGCCAACUCUUUGUUCUUGCUGGUCCGGAGGGUCACCUCUCCCAAAGAGGGUCUAUGGACCCCAGAGGAGCCCUUGUAUAGAUUUCAAGGGAGUCAUUUAAUUGGAUGGGAAAACAAUUACAUCUUUAUUUUCACCAACCUUUAAAUGACUUUAUGUUUCCUUCAAUUAUGGAUUUUUAAGAACCCCUUUAUUCUGAGAAGGGAUGUGUGGGUUUCAAUCGAUUGUCAAAGGUGGUCGUGAUACAAAAAAAAAAGUUAAAACCCCUGAUCUAGUUGAACGGGGUUCAAAGCUGGAACUGACUGGGAGACAAAAAUUCCUGUAUCCAAUCCUCAACUCAUCGACUCUGCUUCAAUUCGACCUCCCUCUUUCGGUUCUCCUGGCUCGAAGAGGGACUUCCUGCUCCACACCCUCCCCGACUUCUUCCAAGCCUCAAUUCUCAAAAAUACUUUGGCGAUCUGCGGGUACGUUGGGGGAGGGGGUUCGUGAAGGUUAUUACUAUAUUGCUCAGAAUGUGAGCGGCCUGGGCUCGGGCUGAAUUGGGCAGGGGUAUAUUCUUGUCCUAGGAAGUGUGGGAGGUGGCAUCCCAUUGCAGACGCCAGCCCCCAAACCCUAUUCCGAGGCUUUCCCCAGUUCCGCCGCUGGAGGAGAGAGGAGGCGAAGUGGAAGAGGUGGAGGCAAACUCAGGGCUGGGCUGAGCUGACCCCUCCCAGAGCCCCAGGCAAAUGGGAUGGGGGAGAGGUGGUAACCCUGGAGGAGAAAAAGAGUGGAACUGGAAGAGGAGGAGGAGAAGGAGAAGACGACGGGAGAAUACAGAAGCAACAUGUUGGGAAGCAAAUUUUGGGACCGUUUCAUCCGGCAGAUCAAGAGAAACCCCGGACUUAUCCCGCUAAUCAGCUUCAUUGGCCUGGGCAUGGGCAGCGCUGCACUUUACCUGCUUAGACUCGCCUUACGCAGCCCCGACGUCAGCUGGGACAGAAAAAACAACCCAGAACCUUGGAAUCGCCUGAACCCCAAUGACCAGUACAAGUUCCUCGCAGUCUCCAUGGACUACAAGAAACUGAAGAAGGAUCGGCCGGACUUCUGAAGUGGGGGCCCUUAAGAGGGUGUGUGUAUGUGUAGGGGGGUGGGGGUGGUUCUUGCUGUGGGGCACCGGUGCCUGUGACCGAGUGGAGUUGGGGCCGAGGGGUGAGGGAUAGCAGACUGGGUGUCUCGAUGCCAAUAAACACCA